CAUAAGGUUCUUGGCCGUCGAUGGCAGGCUUAAACCGUCAGAGAGCACCUUCAGACUGGAAGUUCGGAAUCCCCAGAACGUGAUCGUUGAAAGAACCGAAUUUCAGCCCCGAAGAGACUUGCUACUGACACACACCUAUCACCUACCAGAACGCACGCUUCUCGGAGAGUGGUCACUUCUCAUCAAGCACGGCUACAACUUUGAGCAGAACACGACGUCCACGUUCCUGGUCGAUAAAUACGUGCUUCCAAGGUUUAAGGUCAACCUGAACGUGCCGGAAUAUGUAUUGAGCAAUUUUUCGACGUUACCCUGCACUGUGGCUGCAAGCUUCGUGAAUCAAAAACCCGUCGAAGGUGUGGUGGUUUUCGAAUUCGGGCUGAAGCAGGAGGUUGGAGACGUGUGGUGGUUUUCAAGCAGCAAAUAUCCAAUGCUUCUCGAAGGCGGUUACGCUGUGUACAAUCUGAAGCGGGAGCAACUUGAACCGUUCAUUGGCAAUCGCUUGGACACGCUGUUUGCCAGCCACGGGCGGUUGGUGGUGAAAGCUACUGUCACCGAGGAAGCUACCGGCGCCAAGGAGUCUGCUCAAAGUGACAAGACGGUUUUUUCUAAGACGCCUUACGUGAUUUCGCUGAAGAAGAAUCAACGAAGCUUCAAACCCGGUACCAAGAUAUACAUAAUCGCUGAAGUGACGUACGUCAAUGGAAACCCAGCUCGAUAUGUACCGAUGAAGAUAAAACUGCCUUCGGGAAAAAUCGAAGAAGCUACGACCGACAGUGACGGAGUGGCAACGUUCUUCAUACCGACCUCCACCAACGACCGAGCGCUUUCUAUCGAGGUGGCCACCAAUGAUCGGAGGUAUCCAAAUCAGUACGAGGCACGAGAACGACUCGCACUAGAACCCUACAGGGAUUUUUCAAACGGAUUCAUCGCUAUCCAAAGAAAAGACCCAAAGAAUGUUGUUAAGGCACAUGACGUGUACGAAGCUGUUUUGUUCAUACACCGCUUCGACAAAAUUCAUUCCUCGGUCUACUAUGCGGUUCUGUCGAAGGGCAGGGUACAGCUGGUCAAGAAGCUGCCUGACGGAAGAAGAAUCGAGGAAAACAUAGUGAUACGUGUUACGCCUGAGAUGACGCCCAGCUUCCGCGUCGUGGUAUUUGCCGUGCUCGAUGGACGCGUUGUUACAGACUCCAUUUACGUGAACGCCCAGCCAGCGUGCACAGACGCAUCUCAGGUUACCCUGGGAAGGAAGAAUUUGGGAACAUCCGAGCCCAUGGCCCUCGAGACGCUAGUCGUUUCGGGCACGCCUGGUACACUUGUCGGGUUGUUGGGCGUAGACCAAGCACUGUACCUGCUGAGAAAGAAGGAUCUCCUAACAAGGGACACGCUGUUCCAGUCUCUGGAUUCUAAGGACCUCGGCUGCGGCGCGGGCGGAGGCGUGGACGCGGCGGAAGCGCUUUCCAGUUCCGGCGUCGUGCUCCUCACGCGACAUGACGUGAGCAACACAUUGAGAAGCGGCAUUUCCUGCCACGAGCACCGAAGAAGGAAACGAGAAGCAGCGAACAACAUCUUGGAAGAGUACGAGGACGAGACGCUGCGCAUGUGCUGCUCUCGAGGCCAAAGGAAAGACAAGUUGCUGCGCUCUUGCGACGAAAGAGUGGACAUCCUGAAGAAGUACAUGGAACUAGGAAACCCGAAUAUCAAGCAGGACUGCGUCGACGCUUUCGAGAGGUGUUGCAAGCUGUCAGACGAUUCUACUGUUGGGAGGUCAGGCGGUGCUGAUACAGAGCUGACGGAUGAGCUAUCAAAGGGUACCACACAGGUCCGCGAGGAUUUUCGUGACACUUGGCUGUUUCACAGUGUUGCUAUUGGGGAUGACGGCAAGGCUGAAUUUCAAGCCUCCCUGCCCUCAUCGAUAACCACGUGGGAGGUGAGCGCCGUGAGCGUCUCACCCAGCGGCGGCGUCUGCGCGACCGACCCUCUCGAAAUUUUAGCAAUGAAGAAGUUCUUCGUCGAAGUGAACGUGCCUUACUCCGUGGUCAAGAAUGAGCAAAUCGAGAUCCCGGCUACUGUCUACAACUACGGUCAGAGGGAAGUGGUGGCACGAGUGGUGCUACUAGGAACCAACGACAUCUGCUCUGGCGCCAAGCUAGGCAAGCCUUCUGCGAUUCGAAAGCUCAGCAUUCCGCCGGGACGUGGUCGUACCGCCCUAUUUCCCGUGGUUCCUCUUUCCGCUGGAGUGAGACACAUCCACGUCAGAGCGUUCAGCAGCAGCGGGGAGAGUGACGCAGUCAAGGUGGAGCUGAAUGUCCGGCCACCUGGUAUUACGAAGACGAGGUCAUUUGCUGUUGUCUUGGAUCCUCGAAACUCACAAGGGCGAAGACAGCGAGACGUUCAUGAGUCCUAUACAGCGAUCUAUAACUCUAAUGACACCCAAGUGGUCAACAUUAGACGGCCAUAUCCGGAUAACGUUCUGCCGAACACAGAGCGCUGCGAAAUUGACAUCGUUGGAGACGGAGUAGGCGCCAUGUUGGAAACCGUGGUCAAACAUCCAGAAGGGGCCAUAAUUCGGCCAACUGACUGCGGAGAGCAAGCUACGAGCAAGUUGGUGCUAGCACUGUACGCCUAUGAGUACUUUAAGACUACAAACCGCAUCAGCUUCAGCGACGAAUACAAAGCGCUCGAGUUCUUCCGGAAAGCGUACAAUCAGAUACUCCGGUACCGAAAAGUAGACGGCUCCUUCAGUAUUUUUCAAACAACACCUUCGACUUUGUGGCUUACAGCCUAUGUCACUCGCACUUUGUGCCAAGCAACAAAAGCCAUCAUGAUCGACGAAGCUGUCAUUACCAGCGGGCUGCGCUACAUUGCCAGUAAGCAGAGAGGAGACGGAGGGUUCACUGAUGAACAAUCCUCGUAUCAGAGGAGGCUAGUGGGAGACUUGCAGCACCCAGCAGCACUGACGGCCUAUAUGCUGAUCACCCUCGAAGAGUGCGAUGCCGAGGGAUUUAAGGCUUCUGCGCUCUCAAAACAGAGAGCAGCUUCGUUUGUGGAGCGGCAUGUACGGAAAGGAGACUCACCCGGAGGACUGGCUCUGGCCGCUUACGCUUUAUCGUUGGCGAACAGCCCAGGAAGGCAAAAUGUCAUCCAGUGGCUCGAAGAAAGCGUGCGCUACGACCAAGGUGAACGUCACGUGCCAGGAAACGGCGAUGUCUACUCCGCUCAGGCGACAUCUUACGCUAUCAUGACGUUCAUAAGGGAACUGAAAGACGUCAAUUACAUCACAAGCUUCGUGCAAUGGCUGGGCAAAAAGAUGAGCCCCAGGGGAUCUCUCCAAACCUCUAGGGAUACCGUGAUGGCUCUUCAAGCACUAGCCAAGUAUGCCGCCUACGCCAAAGAGAACAGCCUUGACUUGUCAUGUCAAGUGACCUUAAGUAACAACAAGGAUUUCAAGGAGAAUGUAAGAAUCAAGCGAGACAACGCCACCGUCCUCAACAAAGUCGAGAUCAAUCAACCAGGAGAACAGAUAUUCGUCAGCGCCAAAGGAUCUGGCACCGGCAUUUUGUUUUUCAACUACACCUACAACGUCAAAGUUCCUGAUGACAUUUGCAAGUUCAACGUCACAGUGAACUUUGAACAGAAGCACCCCAGCCAAGUUGAAAUACUGACGCGAAUUUCUCGUAGUAUCGAAGAUGGAGGCGUGCACCGUGAGAAAUACCCGAAGCCUGACUAUCGCAUGGAGGUCUGUGCAAGUCCGAAUGAAGAUACUCCAGAUGGUAUGGUAAUUUUCGAAGUCGGUCUGCUGACAGGAUUCAAGGCCAACGUUACGGACUUGGAAAAUCUCGUCCGUGAGAGAAAGAUCGACUUGUUCGCUGUAUCAAGCCGCAAGGUGGACAUUUAUGUCCCUUCGAUUCCAAGAAACACAACAACCUGUGUUAACUUCUCCGUUGAGCAAGAGUUCACUGUUGGCCAAUUGCAGUCAAGCUAUGCGAAAGUGUAUGCUUACUACGAACCAGAUUUUUCCUGCCAACGUUUGUACACGCCAGGCAAGUCAAGUCCACUGUUGAAGUUCCACUGUGACAAGGAAAACACGGACGUCUGUACUUGCGCAGAAGGUGGAUGUCCUCCAGCGGAUCCGCUUAACCAGUUUUUGAAGGACAAUACCAACCAAUUUCUUGAAGAAGCGGAGCAGCACGAACGUCUCAGAGAAUUCGCCUGCGACGAAGUCGACUACGUAUGGAAGGGAAAGGCAAAGAGGAAUGUUUCCACGGAUGGAUUCAUAGAAGUGACGUUCCUUAUCACGCAAAUUUUGAAACCAGGCCAUGAAGACGGAUUGGAAAAUAAGAUACGCCGUAUCAAGGCGCGCGAUCACUGCGCCACUACAUUUAAUAUGCCCGAUGACACAGAAUUCAUCAUCAUGGGAAAAGAUUCCACGUAUCUUGAAGAAGAUGAAUUCAAGCACAAACAGUUCCUGUAUUUGAUCGACAGCAGUUCUAUGGUUUUUCCUACAACGCAGCGAAACAGCAAGAAACGGAGGCUUGUGGCAUGGUUCAAGCAAGAGUUCUCUGACGAAACGACGCGCUGCUUCUCAUGAGCGUUCUCUGUGUAAUAUGUAUAGAACUCUGUUCGUGCAUGUUUAUGAAGUCGAGUACCACAGCGAAAUCGUUGUUUCGUUCAUUUUGCUUUACGCACGCUGCGGCUUAUUUCUGCAUCAGUGUCAUGCAGGUUUGCCGAACAAGUGUUAAGAUAGAAUGUUAUUUAAAUUGAUGGUACACGCAGAAAGAGUAAAGCUAUAAUAUCAAGCUUUCAGCGUUAG